AUGCAGGAGACACCAGCCGGCCAGCAGGAUGGGUGUCCCGCGGCCUCAGUGUCCCGGUCUGUACAAUGGGACACGUGCCCAAUCCGCACUACUCCGGGAGGGCCCUGCCCACAGCCUCACAGCCCUCUCAGACUUCUCCCUGGGUUCUUCCGCGGUGUGACAGCCAGGACCCCGCUCCCGCUCCCAGGAGCUGCGGGUCCCCCACUUCCUGAGCGCCUCCCCCAGCUCUGCGGGCUCAGCAACCCAGGGGCCGCCGCCCGCGCUCGCCCUUGGCUGGAACCUGCCUGGAUGCCCGGCGCGGAGCGCGGGGGCCCUAAGUGCGGGCUCAUGCAUAAUACAUCGCGGGCUCCGCGCGGGGGCGCGGCCGCUCCUGGCCGCCGCCCCCUCCCCUGCCCCUCCCGCUCUCCUAACCCUCCCCCUCCACUCCCUUCCCCUGCCCCUCCCCCGCGACGCCUGGAAACGCUCGUGACGGCGCGGAGUCAGGUGGACCGACCGAGCUGGGGCGCGCGGGACACACCCCCACUUUCCCGGACGCGUCUCCAAGCCAAGUGUGCGGGAAGUUGGGGUGACGCCGGGACCGCGGGGGUCCGCCCCGCCCGGCCUCCCCCACCCUCCCCGGGCCGCGCCCCUCCGCCGCUGGAGCCAACGCUGCCCCGGGCUGCGGCUGGGGGGAGCAGCGGGCGGGGGUCCGCGGACAGGGCGGGCCCUGCCGCCCCCCAGGCGCGCUCGGGGCACUCACCGCGGACAGGGGUCGCGCGGGGCGGCCAGCCUUGGGGCCGCGGCGACGCAGAGGAGAGCGCCGCGGGGGUCAUGGCCAGGCCGGCGCUCCCGGGCCGCCGCGCGCACGCCGGCCCCCGCCCCGCAUCUGGGGGCGGGACUUACGGAGGCCCCGCCCCUGGCCCGCCCUCCGAAGCCCCGCCCAGCUCCCCGCCCUUCCCACGCCCGGCCCGGCGCCCCUGCGCGCGGCGUCCCCCCACUGGGUGCUGCAGGGGGCGCUCGGGUCCCGCCGCGCUGUGCUCCUCCUCGGCGCGCCACCUCCGGCCCCUAGUGGGGAUCCCCCAACCUUGCGGCUAUAGUUGGGAGCACUGA